AUGAGUUCUCCAUCAACAUCUUCUCCAUCAUACGUGCUGCCAGAUAGCCCACCAGCACACCAGCACCUGCUCAACUACUGGCAGCGGAAAGCUGCCAUCGCUGCUGCUGAGUCGUCCGCUGCUGCUGCACCCGCUCCACUCAACGUGGAACCACCAUCGCCGGGCGGCGAGAUUGUGCUGGGGGACAGCCCUAUUCAACGCUUGGCUCCAGCUGCUACCUGGGCACCGCAGCGAGUGGUGCUAACUACUCUACCGAACAACAGGCAGAAGCAGGGGAAGCGGAAGUUGAUGUUUGAGGCGGAGGCUGAAGUUAGCGGGGAUGAGGACGAGUCAAUCUUCUCACAAACAAAGGUCCAAGAGGCAAUCUGGGACGCGCACGAUGCUGCCAGACUGGAUGAAGAUGGAGAUCACGAGCAUAUCGAAUACGAAGAGUUUUCUAAAUUCAUGAGAACAUUCUAUGAAAAAAGGACGAAUCCGCAGAGCAAAGAUAAGGUGCACCUCUCAGAUUCUCAUAUACGCGCUCUCUUCCGAAUCUAUGACAAGGACCACAACAACAAAUUGAGCAAGAAAGAGGCACUUGUCGGACUUCUUCAGCACCAGGAAUUCUUUUUCUUUGACAUCGACUUCAAUGGAAUUCUGAGUAAGCCCGAGCUGCUGAAUAUGCAUGACUCACCUCAUAAGGCAGGUGAAAAAUACGCUCUCUCUCAGAACAUUGACUUCCUUGAGCUGUUCCAGCGCAUGCUUUCCCACAACAGACUGAAAUUGGGUUGGGAGAACACCAUGGGAGUUGUACCAGCAGGCAGCAACUAAUGAUAACAACACAAAAGGAUUUUAUCGGAAAUUGUCAAACAAUAACAUGAAUGUAUAUCUCCUUCCUAUUAUCAUUAUUUUUAUCACAUUGAAUUCUCUUAUCAUUUUAUUAUAUUAUUGUAUGUAAUUAUUAUAAUUACUGUUGUUAUUUCAUUUAUUAUCUACAGGGUUUUUGGGUUAAUAAAGUGUGAGUGUGUUCAAGCAUUGAA